CUCCUCCCCCUGUGAGCCCCCGGAGGAGCAGCAUCUUCCUGCAACGGCGGGAGCCUGCCUCUCCGGGGGGCCCCGCGCGCGCGCCGUCCUCCUCCUCCUCGCGCUCCUCCUCGCGCUCCUUCUCGCGCCGCUCUCCCCGCGCGCGCGCCCCUUCCCUCCCUCCCUCCGCACCUGAGGAGCGGCAGACGCAGCGCAAGCAGCAGCAGGAGGAGCCGCCCUCUCGGGCCCCUUGUGGGGCGCGCGCCGUGACGGGAAUCCCAGCCUCGGAGUCGUCGUCGUCGUCCCCCGCGCGCCGCCCUAAAAAAAAUAAUUAAAAAAAUCCCAACCUCUUGUCCUUUCGCUCGGCAACAUCCCUCUGCCGCCCGCUCCCCACGGCGGGGGGUAGGGGCGCUGCCGGCUGGAGGCAUGGGCUGCAUCGGAUCCAGGACUGUCGGAAAUGAAGUGAUUGCAGUGGACUGGAAAGGACUAAAAGAUGGGGACCAAAUCAACAUGGACAGCACCAGUUCGCUCCAUGGCAGCAGCAUCCACAGGCCCUCCAAUGAGCAAACACGCACAGAUUUCUCCUGGGAUGGCAUUAAUCUCUCCAUGGAAGAUACAACCUCCAUCCUUCCGAAACUGAAGCGAAACUCCAAUGCAUAUGGGAUUGGAGCACUUGCAAAGUCAUCUUUCUCCGGCGCCUUAGGGAUAUCUCGCAGCAUGAAGGAUCACGUCACCAAACCCACUGCCAUGGGAAGCGGUCGUGUUGCCCACAUGAUUGAAUGGCAGGGCUGGGGACAGGGAGCUAGCCAGCAACAGAUCCAUACCCAUGAAACCGUACGGAAGGAUGCCGAUGCUUACUCUGACCUUAGCGAUGGCGAAAAGGAGGCCCGAUUCCUUGCAGGAGUAAUGGAACAAUUUGCUAUCUCAGAAGCCACCCUCAUGGCCUGGUCUUCCAUGGAUGGUGAGGAUAUGAGUGUUAACUCAACCCAGGAGAACCAAGCUGGGAACUACAAUGAAAAUUAUCAGGAGGUGGCAGAUAAUCAGGGUGAGAACCUACAAGCAGAUCAAAUGGCUCAAGCACAGUAUGAUAGCUGGCCUCACUCUUACGUCUCUCAAGGCAUGUACUGCCUAGGUUCCUCCGAGGCCUGGGAGACCAGUGACCAGUCCCUCAUUGCUUCUCCAGCUACUGGAUCCUAUCUUGGCCAGAACCUUGAAGACUCACAAUCCAGUUUGCAGGAAAAUGUUCUGAUCCAGAACAAUCUUAUCCAGCAGCACCAGUUGAUGCAGCUACAACAGCUGCAGCAACAGCAGCAGUUGCAGCAGCUGCAGCAGCAACAGCAGCAGCAGCAACAACAACAACAACAACAGCAACUGCUGCAACUACAACAACACCAGCAACUGCAACAGGCCCUACUCCAAAAUACUGGUCUUGUGGAGGUGUGGCCCACUCAGACAGUUCCCGGUGGUGGCAAUGGUGGCAGUGCUGAGUCCAGCACCUUUGUGGGCAUCCACACAGAGGAGGAAGGGAACCCCUUGCUGGAGAAAGCCCCACUAUUGAACAAGAAGCCCUCACCGGAGGAGGACGAUGUUGUGUGCCGGGACUUGGAGUCCCUUUCACCCCGGGAAGAGCCUGAACCUGCUGCCCUCAGUCGCAAGGUCUCGGAUGUUACAUCUUCUGGGGUGCAAUCUUUUGAUGAGGAGGAAGGUGAAGCCAACAACUGAUGCUGCCAUUAAGGAAUCUUUGUCCUUAUGCAUGGGAAACACGGGUGGGGGAAAGUGAUAGGGAAGCCCCUCUUCAGCUCUGAAAUCCCCAGGCUCACUAGCACACUUGUUUGUUUGUUUUAAUGGAAAGGUAAGCCAAGGACCAAAAGUGCUGGACAUUGCUAAGUCCCCUUCACCUCCUUCACCUACUGGGCUGAACCUUCAAGACCUGCUGCCUUGGACACUCAGGCACAGGGAGCUCAGGGAAGGAACACUGCUGACUAUGGAUACAGGUUUGCUAGUGAAAAGAAUAUGGUUUGAGAGAUAUUGACAUAGUCUUAAUAUGGCAUCUGAGAGUAUGCUUUGAUUGGAUAUAAGGAUCACUGAAGAUAUGACAGAAGUCUUACAUUGUGACCAUGUUGAAGGGAAAUGAUGAGAACAUUUGGUUUUGUUGAUAAACUUACACCAAAAGUGUCAGGCCCAGGCCUAACCAUAUAAUCUGCUUAUGAAAGCGAGGUUCUACCAGGAAGAAAUCUCUAUACUGGAGGCCUAGUGAGUGUAAUGUGGAGGCAGUGGCUCUGUGGAAACAGGCCAUGCAUAGGAACGAAAAGAAAGGGUUCAUGGAUUUUAACCAUCCUACAAUGGACAGAGCUGCUCUGUGAGUUCACUCCAGCACUUUUGCACUGAUCACUGCAGAAAUCUUCCUUGUGCACCCUGUUAUCUCUGCCUGCCUGGGAGCUGGAGAGGGGUUUCCCCCUCUUUAAUAUUGGGCACUGCAUGCAGGGUAGGGAAAAGGGAGGGGGGUCAUCUGCUAAGUUUAUAUUUUAUGCAGACAUGGGAUCCUCUCUUUCCAGUUGUGAAUGGGAAAAUCAAGCGUGUGUGCCAUCCGUAUCACAGUCUCCCAGUUUAUAUUAGGGCUUUUGUUGUCACGUGUUUCAAAAUGUUUGCAUUUUGAUCAGUGGCUAACAGAGGAAAUGGCCUUGUUGCCACCUAGUGUGGAGUAAUGCUCCUUUCCUAGGAUCACUGGAUCCUCUGCCGUGCCAAAAUGGGGAUGAAGCAGAGACUGUGAGAAGAGAAUCAUUCUUCUCUAUUUUCAUUAAUUCCUGUCUCUUGCUUUAAUUUGUCUUUCCUGUUCUGUAAAUGUUUCUCAGGCCUCAUAUCAGUCAAAGGAAAAAAAAAAGUGAUAUGUGAAACUAGAUUUUCAUUUUUGCAAUGCGUUUUUCACCCUGUUUCUUUGGUAGGGGGAUGGAAAUAACAACUUGGCUUGUGAGUUUUACACAACUUUAGGUCAACAUUUGCUCCCACCCCUUUCAAUGUCUGUUUUGUCACGACAGCCAAAGCAUACUUUUAUCAGUAUAAAACUAUGUUAAUCUCCUCUAAGUCCCCAACCUUUUGUGGAAAAUAAAAGAUGGGACAAAAGAAGCAGGACAAUCUAAAUGUGGCUGGUUGUGAGCGAAGCAGCGGUUGCUGACAUUAAAUAAGGAUAUACAACUGUCUCGUGACAAGGAUAGUCCAGUCUUCCCUUUCCUCCUGUUUGGACUGAUUUCUCUAAGUCUGAGUUGGUCUAUUCACUUGAUACUCAAAGUUGGCUUGCUACCCAUAUAUUUUCUUGCGGGGUUCUUGGCUAUAGGUUUCAGGGAGAAACCAUUUUGCAACACUGCCACCUGUUGUGUAGAAAAAAACAAAACAAGUGAAUUCAACUUUGCAUUCAGAUGUCAGUCGUUGAGGGAGAGAUAAUCGAGUCAGACACUUCUGCCCCUGGACUUCUGAAGAAGAGUAGAUGGAGGUCUCUAGUUCACGAAUUUCAGAAGCCAAGGGGUUCCUGUCUUCCCCUUGUACUGCACUUUCCUAAGCAAUGCUGUCCUACCAAUGGCCCAGUGGUCGGGCAGAAUGAAUCACAGCAAUGCAUGGAAGAAAAGCCUCUUGUCAGCCUUCCUUGCCUCCAUUCCCUUCCUCUUCCUGGCUCCCUACAUGGGAAGGCUGCUCAGUUUCUGAGCAUCAGGAGCCAGGAGCCAACCUCUCUUUCAAAAAUAUGUUUACAUGCUACAGUGCCAACCUCUGAAGGCUGAGAGGGUUGGAUAUAGCACUGCUCUGAGUAUGAGGGUGAAACCUCAUUUUCCUGCAUUUAUAAUAAUUGCUGCAAUCUGGCUGUCAGUUGCUGGGGAAUUCUGCCAGCAAUGGUGACGUGGAAACACGAAAGCGCAGUGGCCUCCUCUCUGCAAGCAAGUCGUGAAUGAGAUUGAAGUUACCCCAACAGGAUUGCAUCUUCAGGAGGACCCGAAAGCUUUUGAGAUAUCCCCAGUGUUAUGGUGGUUUUGGGUUGGAGAUUCAGGCAGCCUGCUUCUUCUUUCCUCCAAACCAUUAUGCUCCACGUGCCUAUCCAGGACCAGGACUAAACCUGGAUGUUUACGGUAAAUCUCUUUCAGUGUAAAUGUAUCCUGCUUUUCAUCUUGGCCCUCACUGGACUUGACACAUGUGGCUCAGCUUGUUUAGGUCUGUUCUAUUAUUGCCUCUUUUUUUUUAAAAAAAUGCAAGCAUCAUAUACAUUUGUUAAUAUAUAUGAUACUAAAGUUCAGGAGGGGGAUGUUUUUCUCUGUCUGGGAGACACUAAAGAGUGAUAUACUGCAUGGAAAAUAGUAAAGAAACACCAGGAGAGAGAAUGAGGCUAGUGCUGUUUAGAAGGGGGAAUUAAUGCUACAAUCAUAACUCCACUAUAGAAUUCUACAAUUUAUUACCAAAAAAGAAAUAUUAUAUUCUCUAUUAAACUGUACAGUUCCUGGGUAAAUUUCUCAAUAAACAUCAAUGUUUCAGGUCAGCUAAAUUCUAUUUAAUUUAUAUUGUUCCGAAAGGGAUCUUUGCUUUAUUUGUUUUUAAUCUUUCCCAAUAAUCCCCUUCAUUUAAAAGUGAUAGUGAUUCAGCUACCAAAUAACCAUGAGCAGAGUGGUGAGAUUCCUUGGUAUGUAACUGGACUCAAAGUCGAAGUAUUUCUUAAUUUUCAGUAUUUCUUGGAGUUGCAUUCCAACCUCUUAAGGGGAGUAGAGACUCACUUCACUGAGAUAAGAGUAGCUACAUUGGUCUCUUCUAGCAAAAACUAGUCUUUUGACGACUGAAAGAUAAACUGCAUACAUUAUGCCGUAUACUGCUAUACAAGCACAAUUGAAAUGAACUGGAGCAGCUCAGAAGUGAUUCCUGGCAGAUUUGCACAAUUUGAAUUUUGGUGGAUUUGCACAAUCAUCAUCUUCACCACCAACAUUAUCACCUGAAUUGCAGUUCUCAGUUCCGUUUAUACACAUGUUACAUAUUACAGGGAGAUACCCAUGUCUUUUAGCAUACGUUGUGACCAAUAAAGUGAAGUUGCCAGUGUUGUGUAUUUUGAGCAUAGAAGGGAGGGAGCAGGGGGUUGAACACAGCCUCUCACCAGAUUUUCCCACCCCCAUCCCUCUCCAGGAUGUUUUCCUCAUAGUGGGAUGUAUUUCUGGUCUGGGAUUCAGGGUGGCGAAAGCUUGAGUUGUUCCCCUAGUAAGCACCAGGUUAUUUAGCUGGAAAUUGCUGGUGGUUGCCUGACCAUCUUUGAAAACUCCACUCUUGGCCCCACUUGUAAUCCAAUCCACAAAAGAUUUAGAAAGAGUUAGAGAUUUUGGAGCCUCCAGUGGUGUAGUGGGUUAAACCACUGAGCUGCUGAACUUGCUGACCAAAAAGUCGGUGGUUCUAAUCUGGAGAGCAGGGUGAACUUUCACUGUUAGCCCCAGCUUCUGCCAACCUAGUAGUUUAAAAACAUGCAAAUGUGAGUAGAUCAAUAGGUACUGCUCCAGCGGGAAGGUAACGGCGCUCCAUGCAGUCAUGACGGCCACAUGACUUUGGAGGUGUCUAUGGACAGCACCAGCUCUUUGGCCUAGAAAUGGAGAUAAGCACCAACCCCUAGAGUUGGACACAACUAGGCUUAAUGUUAGGGGAAAACCCUUACCUAGAGAUCCUGGCAUUUUACUACAGUGGCAGGAAUUAGGUGGCUCUCCAGAAAUUAUUGGACUGCAGCUCCCAGCAUUCAUCACUAUUUGGUGGGCUAUAUAAGACCAGCAUCCUGUUAAUGACAUGUAGGUGUAGGUUGUGUUCAGCACGCACAGUGUUUUUAGUAGACAAUGGUAUCUAGUUGAUGGGAAUGCAAGCUUCUCCAUACAGAUCAUAUAUUUAUGUGCAUUUGAGGAGUGGGAGGUGUGUUGUCUAUAAUUCCCAGUGGGCUCCAAUGGACUUAUUCCAUAAGAGAGCCUGAGGCCUUACUGCAGAUCAGGUAGAGGCCCCAUGCCGUUGUGCACUGCAUUAUGCCUUGCAGUUGCAUCACAACAUAUCCAUGUGCAUUAAGCAGAGAUCCACCCACUUAUUACCAUUAUAUAUUAUUACAUUUAUUUCUAUCCUGAUUUCAUCUCUUAAAAGAAAUUCAAAGUGUCUUUGCAGUGGUAUCCAGUAUAGGGGUUUCAUGGUGCAAAUGGAAUGUAACUUUGCUGGCAGUUAUUUGUGCUCUAACCGUGUAGGAUCCCAGCCUAUGUCUGCUGAGAGUAGCAUUUCAACAACAUUGGAAGGUCUGCAUGCUUCCCACCUGUUUACUUGGUGAAACAACCAUCUAGGACAACAGCUGCCAUGUUUAUUGAUGCUUAAUGCUAAUUUAAAGUGUGCAUGCAUAGUGAAGAUUUUGUAUUUUGCUGUGGUACCUGAGAGCAGUGUACGUACAUCAGCUAUCUAUUGUGCAUGCACUUGCUUUUUAUUGUUUGGUCUCUUAUAAUAAGCAGCGAGACCACUUGGCUCUCCAGUGCCAUCUAAAACCACACUGUUAAAAUACAUGGCUCAGCAUGGUGGUAAACAUACCUUAUAUCCUCAUAUUGCUUCCCAUAUUGCUGUGGACGUUUAAGUAGUGAAUGGUAAGCAUCAUGAUUGGCUUUUAGCUUGUAGGUUUACAUCAUGUGUAAGAUGUUGUGUGAGGUUUUGUAACCAUGUACCUGAAGGCUUUGAUCUCUUUUUACAUCCUUAAAAUACAAAGAUUUUGCAAUCAGUAAUUCAGAAUGAUGUGAGGUCUGGCCCAGCGCUUUCCCUAUACAUCUAUUUUCUGAACCAGUGUUAAACCCACUGCUGCCACUUAUUGGCCCCUUUGCAGGAAUGCAGCAGUCCUGUGAGAUGGAGCUUAGUGAAAAAAAGUCAAGAUUCUGCAUAGCCGGAUAAUUUGUUCUGUUGCAAUAUGUGGCUGCAUGUAUGUGAACUACUUUUAUUCCAUGGGGUUGUGGGGAUAGUUUUGUAAAAUUCGCCAAAUUGGUAGUAAAGCAUUACCAAAGGAUUGUAGACCGCUCUAUCAAAUGUUUGCCAUGAGGAGUUGUGCCAGUUUUAGGUUUCUUGGCCCUGAGGCAAGAGAAUUACAGUUCCCUAAAGCCAAAUUGAAGGGAGAUGCAUUGCUGACAGAUAAUGCCAAAUUUCUGUGAAGGGUAGCCAGAGGCUGAAUGAAAUAGGAGCAGAGUUGUUGUUUCUUUCCGCUUUUUUAUAGUAACUCCUAAGGAAAAUUAUAUAUUUCUGAUGUUUAUAUUUGAGGGCCGAAUUAAAUGUGAAGUGACUUUGCAUCUUUAUUAUUUAUUUGGACGCUUGGAUCAGACUGGUAAUGGAGGAGACGCUUCACUAUUUCCUUGUGCUACAUUUUGGGAAUCAAAUUCCUUUUUCGAUCAAUUCUGGAGGAGGGCCUUAUCCUAUAUAUUUAUUCCCUGGUGAGGAGAAAAGAGGAUGAAUUGAUAGGAUUUUCUGGGUGUUAGGGAAAUCUACCCCAAAACAGCAGAGCAUCCAAAAUAUGCAAAAGCAAUUAUAGUUGAGCAUUCAGCUCACAGCAAGCAGAGUGUGAAGUGCCAUGUGGUUGUAAAGACGCAAAAUGCAGAGUCCAGUCUUAAAGAUUACAAAAGGUUUAUUUACAAAAAUAAGGACUAUAUUCUUAAUAGUAAAAAACUUGGUCUGAGCUACACUAACUAACCCCAUCUCUUCUAGGAUUCAAAAGAAGGGGGAAUUUUAUUUAUUUAUUUAUUUAUUUAUUUAUUUAUUUAUUUAUUUAUUUAUUUACAGUACAGUUAGAGUCUCACUUAUCCAAGCUAAACGAGCCGGCAGAACCUUAGAUAAGCGAAUACCUUGGAUAAGGAAAAGCCUAUUAAACAUCAAAUUAGGUUAUGAUUUUACAAAUUAAGCACCAAAACAUCAUGUUAUACAACAAAUUUGACAGAAAAGGUAGUUCAAUAUGCAGUAAUGUUAUGUUGUAAUUACUGUCUUUACGAAUUUAGCACCAAAAUAUCACGAUAUAUUGAAAACACUGACUACAAAAAUGCAUUGGAUAAUCCAGAACCAUGGAUAAGCAAGUCUUGGAUAAGUGAGACUCUAUUGUAUUUAAUAUUCUGCCCUUCUCACCCCGAAAGGGACUCAGGGCGGAUCACAAUGCACAUAUAAAUGGCUAGCAUUCAAUGCCAUUAGACAUACAACAUAUAGACAAACAGACACAAAGGCAAUUUAACAUUUUCCGGCUUCAUGAGGGUAUGCUCAACUCCAGCCACAGGGAGAGCUGCCACUUCAUCGUCCACUUGUGACACCGAGUCCUUGGAGUACUUCCUCAUUCUGCACACUGCUGGAAGUUUUUAUGGUGUCGUAAAUUAGUUAAAUUAGCCUCCCUGCAUAAAGCAGUACCUAAAUUUUCUACUCGACAGAUGCAACUGUCUUUCAAGCUGCUUAGGUCAACAGCGAGCUAGGCUAUUAAUGAUUGGGAGCUCAAUCUGAUCUGGGCUGGCUUCGAACUCGUGACCUUUCAGUCAGUUGCGAUUUAUUGCAGCUGGCUACUAACCAGCUGCACCACACAUCCCUACUGACAAGCACACAUCUCUCCUGACACACAAUCAGCGAGAGAUCUCAAAACACACAGCACAAACAAAGAUGUAAAAGUAGAAAGACAAAGACAAAAGGCAUGCCCCUGCAAAGUGUCCAUUCCACACAACCAAUCAAAAUGAGCAGAAACGGAGAGGAGAGAAGAAAUAGAUACAUUCCAAUGGUCAUUCAGGAUUCGGGGGGAAAAGAUUUCCCUCAGCCUAUUCUAAGCUAACUGCUCCUCAUUGAGGACUGCAGACUUGGGCAGUGUGGGGUUGAAUUCCAACAUGAAUAAGCUGACAUCUUCCAAGAAAGCUUUAAACCAGGGGUCCCCAAACUAAGGCCUGGGAGCUGGAUGCGGCCCAUCGAAGCCAUUUAUCCGGCCCCUACAGCACAAGGGCAGAAGGGGGUUGGGCUAAAUGACCCAAGGGGUCUCUUCAUCUCUUAGAAACCCUAUUAUUAUUAUUAUUAUUAUUAUUAUUAUUAUUAUUAUUAUUAUUAUUAUUAUUAUGGCUAGGUGGCAUCUGUCAGGGAUGCUUUGCUUGUGCUUUUGGUGCACAAAGGCAGAUGGGGGUUGGACUAAAUGGCCCAAGGGGUCUCUUCCAACCCUCUUUAUUAUUAUUAUUAUUAUUAUUAUUAUUAUUAACAACAACAUUGAGGCUGGGAGGCCAUCUGUCGGGGGUGCUUUGCUAGUGAUUUUGGUACACAAAGGCAGAAAGGAGUUGGACUCAAUGGCCCAAGGGGUCUCUUCCAACUCUCUUUAUUAUUAUUAUUAUUAUUAUUAUUAUUAUUAUUAUUAUUAUUAUUAUUAACAACAACAUUGAGGCUGGGAGGCCAUCGGUCUGGGGUGCUUUGGUAGUGAUUUUGGUGCACAAAAGCAGAAGGGGAUUGGACUCAAUGGCCCAAGGGGUCUCUUCCAACCCUCUUUUUUAUUAUUAUUUUUAUUAUUAUUAUUAUUAUUAUUAUUAACAACAACAUUGAGGCUGGGAGGCCAUCGGUCAGGGGUGCUUUGGUAGUGAUUUUGGUGCACAAAAGCAGAAGGGGAUUGGACUCAAUGGCCCAAGGGGUCUCUUCCAACCCUCUUUUUUAUUGUUGUUAUUAUUAUUAUUAUUAUUAUUAUUAUUAUUAUUAUUAAUUAUUGCUCGGUGGCCAACUAUAGUCCGGCCCUCCAACAGUCCGAAGGAUCGUGAAUUGGCCCCCUGUUUUAAAAGUUUGGGGACCCCUGCUUUAAACCCUGCAUUAAAUACAGUUAAGGGGGGUGCACCCCUGACAUUUUAUGUGUCUCGUUCCUCAUUUUGCCUGAAUGCAUAGCCUCAAUUUUUCCUGAUUUUCUAUUUCUUAUCUAUUCAUCAUUGGUUCCACAAAUCUCUUGCUAGCUUAAGCAAUGAUAAUCAAGGUGUAUCAUAUGCAGCUGCUAUGGAGAAGCACACCUGCGGGGGCUGGAAAUUAGAUGAAAACUUGAAUGCAGAAUAAGUACAUAGAACAUUUCUUCAGUGCUCUGAGCACUGCAUGUAAAUUCUGUGUUCUUUGCUUUAUCUAUUUUGGGAAGGGAGGGAUUUGCAUCCUCUCCUUCAACAAUUUUUAGCACAACUUACAGUAGUAAAAGAAUACAAAACAGUGAAAAAAUGGCAGAGCAAACAAAAUGUGUACAAAAGACAGCUGCUAAAGAGAAACAUCAGAAGCUAAAGAAAGAGGGCUUUUAUGUCUUUCCUAAUGUCAAAAUGCCAAAUAUUGUGGAAGCUACCAGGUGAGCCUUUCCAGAAAGAACAUUCUUACAGCCUUGAUACAAACCUUCAUUGUAAGCCACUAUGAAUGGUUUUCAUUUUGCAGCUGGGAAAGGUUCGGAGUGGAAAAAAGAGUCUUGGAGAAUAACAGUUUGCAGAGGCAAUGGAUACAAGAAGUGCCUCUUUGACACCAAGUCCGUAGGCUUUGUAUUGCCUUUGCCAGCUGGCAGUGACUUCCCACAAUGUUGGCCCUGUAUCUAGAUACGCUGGUGGGCUAAAAUUGAGAAUUGUUCAAUGCAUAGCCCAUCAUCAUCCCCUGGGUUGUGGUCCAUCCUAGGAAUUUCUGACUGAAGGGAGAUUUGGCCCCAGAAUUCACAGAGUUUUCUUUUAAUGUGUUGUCGAAGGCUUUCAUGGCCAGAAUCACUGGCUUGCUGUGUGUUUCCCAGGCUGUAUGGCCAUGUUCCUCCCAUGUGGGUGAAACGUCAGGAGACAAUGCUUCUGGAACAUAGCCAUGUUCUGGAGCCUCCGGUGGCCUAGGGGAUAAAAGACUCGUGACUUGAAGGUUGGGUUGCUGACCUGAAAGCUGCCAGGUUCCAAUCCCACCCGGGGAGAGCGCGGAUGAGCUCCCUCUAUCAGCUCCGGCUCCAUGCGGGGACAUGAGAGAAGCCUCCCACAAGGAUGGUAAAACAUCAAAAACAUCCAGACAUCCCCUGGGCAACGUCCUUGCAGACGGCCAAUUCUCUCACUCUAGAAGCAACUCCGGUUGCUCCUGACACAAAAAAAAAAUAGCCAUACAGCCCAGAAAACUCACAGCAACCUACUAUUCUCUUAACCACUACAUCUUGAGACUGUCUCCUUUGACAACCUAUCCCCAGACAAAGUAGAAUGAUACUAGGAAUAGUACUUACCAAAUCGGACAGACUAGAAGCUGGGAGGUCUGAAAGAAAUCAAAUUUUAAUGCAUUUGGUGGGGUUUCUUCCAACAGUUAGCACAAUGGUGAGUACAAAAAGGUACUCUGGGUGUGAAUGUGUGUGUGUGCAUACCCGUAGUAUCCAUUGUGAUUUGGCUCCAAACAAGAUUGUGAAAGUCAUGAAUUAUUUAGUUGGGAAAAAAUAAAAACAUUCACACAUUUUCCUGUCAAAAUAAUAGAAUCAUAGAGUUGGAUGAGACUUUGUGGGCCAUGCAGUCCAACCCCCUGCCAAGAAGCAGGAAAAUCACAUUCAAAGCACUCCCGACAGAUGGCCAUCCAGCCUCUGUUUAAAAGCCUCCAAAGAAGGAGCCUCUAUCACAGUCCGAGGCAGAGAGUUCCACUGCUGAACAGCUCUCACGGUUAGAAAGGUCUUCCUCAUGUUCAAGUGGAAUCUCCUUUCCUGUAGUUUGAAGCCAUUGUUUAGCAUCCUAGUCUCCAGGGCAGCAGAAAACAAGCUUGCUCCCUCCUCCCUAUGACUUCCUUUCACAUGUUUAUAUAAAGGAUGUCAUCUUUUCAUUCAUAAAAAUCAGUUCUGGCACCAGCAGUUUUAGCAUUUGUCUUACAUUGUGCUUUAAUGGUCACUCUGAUCUGUCUGUCUCAUUUACUGACAACAAGAACAGUGCAGGAGUGAGCAAUGCACUUUUCAGAAACAAUAUCUUACAUAAGCAUUUAAUUCUCUUUUUAAAAUCGCAUGAAAAUUGUGCAACGAAUACAUGGAAGCAUUUUUAUUGUGUCUGAGCAAGGGAAAAGGCAAGACUUGGAAAGUUAUUCUCAAAGUUCUGGUUACUAUUUUGAUUCCUAGGUUCCAAAGCAGUUACUAUCUUUGUUACAGCUUUCAGAAGUAACAUUUUGCUUCUCCAAAUCUCAAUAGUGUCUAAAAUGAUCCUGGAUUGUACAAGCUUUUGGCCUGUGAACACCCAUUCCUCCCAUUUGUGAGGCAUCAGCACAAGCCAAAACUCAAACAAGGCAUAUUCCUCUACAUCUAGUAGGACUACUCUUUAAACUAUAAAAGUAACUAAAAAGUUGUAAGUGGAGUGAAAUUAUUUCCCACUGAACCUGGAUCUACACUGCCAUAUAAUCCAGUAUCUGAUGCCAGAUUAUUUGCGUUGAACUGAAUUAUAUGGCAGUGUAGACUCAUAUAAUACAGUUCAAAGCAGAUAAACUGGGGUCAGAUACUGGAUUAUAUGGCAGUGUAGACCCAGGCUGGAUUAUAUGAGUCUACACUACCAUAUAACCCAGUUGAAAGAAGAUAAAGAAAGAAAGAAACUGGAUUGUAUAGCAGUGUAGAAGGGGCCUUAGGACCAAUAUACACUGCUAUGUAAAAUCUAGAUUAUCUGCUUUGAACUGGAUUAUGUGGCAGUGUAGACUCAUACAGUUCAAAGUAGAUAAUCUGGAAUCGGAUACUGGAUUAUAUGGCAAUGUAGAUCCAGCCGGGAUUAUAUGAGUCUACACUGCUUUUAAUCCAGUUCAAUAAUAUGGUAUAAGAAACUGGAUUAGAUGGCAGUGUAGAAGGUGCCUUAAGACCAAUGUACACUGCCAUAUAAAAUCCAGAUUAUCUGCUUUGAACUAGAUUAUGUGGCAGUGUAGUCUCAUAUAAUCCAAUUCAAAGAUGAUAAUCUGUAUUGUUUGAUUUAAUAAUCUGGAUUAUGUGGCAGUAUAGAUCCGCUCUAAGGUUUAUGGCCUCUUCUACACUGUCAUAUAAUCCAGAUUAUCAAAGCAGAUAAUCCACAUUAUCUGCUAUGAACUGGAUUAUAUGAGUCUACACUGCCAUAUAAUCCAAUUUAAUGCAGAUAACCUGGAUUUUAUAUGGCAGUGUAGAAGGGGCCUUAGUUACAGUGUUGAUGUAACUGAGUUAUGCCUUAGUUGUUGGGGGAGGGGGUGACAUUACUCGCAGGUAGCUAGUGAAUAAUAAUUUACUACUUCAGGGCUCUGAAAAGAACUCGGGAGUAAAACAAUGCAUUUCCUGUCUAUGCAGGAGCCGUGUCUAUUUGAAGUUGGCUCAAGCCAUGUGAUACAGAAUAAACUGUGCCUAGUUCCAAUCAAGCCAUGGGGUUGGGGUUUGAAAUGGGAAAACAAAAGGCUGGGGAAAGUACUUUUUGCCCCUUGCAAUCCCAUCCCCAAAAUCCCAUCCCCAGUUGUUUUUCUCCUAGGGAAGCACCACAAAUGAAAGUAGUACAGGUUAAGGCGGGCAUGGAGAAACUUCAGCCCUCCAUGUGUUUUGGACUUUAACUCCCACAAUUUCUAACAGCUUCCCGUAUUGUCAUCUGAUCUUGAUUUUAUCUUAUAUUGCUGCUAUAGUCCCCCCUCCCCCCACCUUUGAAGUUGACGGAUUUGCAUUGGUGGUUGUUUGAUAUUAUUACUGUUAUAUAAACCUUUGUUUUAACUUCUGUUUUAUCAUCUUCUUGUGUUUUAAACUGUGUAUAUUGUUUAAUGUAUUUGUGCUGUUACUUUUGUAAUGUGAGCCGCCCUGAGUCCCCACGGGGAGAUGGUGGCGGGGUAUAAAUAAAGUUUUAUUAUUAUUUAUUAUUAUUACCGGCCAUUAGGAAUUAUGAGAAGUGAAGUCCAAAACACCUGGAGGGCCGAAGUCUGUCCGUGCCUGGAGUAAAACAUAGACCUUUUAUUUCCUGGUUACCAGAAAAGUUCUCUGUUCUGUUAUCGCUCAUCCUUCAUCAUGCAAACUGGGUAGCAACACACAGUUUACUACGUGGGAUUGCUCUUGUCAUGUGUACUUAUCUCUCCUAGCCUAGUUUUUAUUGAGUCGUAAACCCGGUCUGAGUCAUACAACUUCAGAGCAUUGAAUGCUGUUCACUACAGUUCACUAUUUACAGAAGGCUAGAUAUCAGGGUGAAGGGUUCUCCAUAGCCAUCUCUCCGAUCUUUUCCAUAUGCAAUUACGAUUUUGUAGCAUUUUAAUUGAGCCACAAUGGGUCUGAACUUAUGCGGCCUGUACCCAAUUUAAACAUUUCGGUGGUGGUGAUGCCAGCAUUUAGUCUUUUGUUGAAUUCUUCUUGCACAUUGUUGAUUUCUUCUAGCACAUUCCAGGUGGGACUUACCUGUACUCUGUCAUUUUUUGAUAACUUCUCCUGUUUUCCAAAAUGCAUUUUCCAGUUAAUUUUUUUUUUACAAUUUCAACCACUUAUGUAUGGGUUUUUGUCUCAAAGUCCAGUUGGGCAAUCAUGGAGCAUUGGGUCUAUUUUAUUCUGCUUUCUUCUGCCAUUUCCAAAAACCAUGUUUAAUGUGUGUGUGAGAGAGAGAGAAUAUAUCUUGUGAAUACAAAUUAAUAUCCUUGAAUAUUUCUCUGGUUUAUUCGGUGCUGUGCAUGAAGUGGAAUUGCUGAAAAUUCCUUGGGGUCCUCCGAGCUACAAAUAUGAGCCUCAAAAACAACUUUGCAGUUAGCCACAAUUUUUUUAAAAAGCUCUUUUUUACGGGUGGGUGAGUCCAAGCAUGGGAGGGGGGUUACCGAAUAUACACUCGCAAUGUAUAAAGAAGCAGUGAGGACUGGUGUAUUAAAGCAUGUUUAAAAGUAACCAAAGUUUUGAGGCUUAAGGGGUUUCGUUGUUGUUAUUUGUUUUGUUUUAACAGUAUCUGAAACUGCUUUAGCACCGGGCGGGAGGGGGGUUAUUAGGAGUAGAUGGUCUUUCUUAAGGCCCUUUUUCCUGCUCUUAAGUUUCUGAACAAGAGAUGGAACUUAAUUUCUUCCCAUCCUUAAAGGAUGGCAUUUAUUGAGGUCUGUGACUUUUCAGGGAGAAAGGAGGGACUGCGGAAAGAGCAGAGCAAGAUGCGAGUCUACAGCGGGGACCCUGUCAAGCCUCCUCUCUCCUGGGGUUCCCUAACAGACAAAAACAAAACAGAUUUGCCUUUGGUCUUCCAGCACCAACAUGUCUUGGCUUGAAAAAAAUUUUCGCUGGUUAUUCUGCGCAUGUUUUUUGAUAAUGUGACUUAUGAGAAUAUAUCUUGUAUAAAUAAAUGAAUAUAUAUAUAUAUCAUAUAUAAAAAUACAUAUAUAUACAUAUAUAUGUAACUCUAUAAAUAUAGAUAUAAAAUUAUAUGGCAUUUCAUGCCUGGUUGUGGGAACAUCCACCAAGGAGGAAAGAACAUUGCCCAAAAGGGUGUGUAAGAUGCUUAUAUGACGUUACGAUUAAACAGCAUGUGGUUUUUGC